UUCCCUAAAGGAGCGUUGUAUGAUUCUGGAUUAACCAUGAAAGACUUAAUGAACAUUCCACUCGUACAUAUCUUCACCCUGGCGGCCUUCAGUUUAGCUGAAAAACUUCCAAAAGCUCCCCUUAUCAACACUCCUCUGGAAACCGUGGACGCAUUAGUAGAAGAGGUUGCUAAAUUCAUGUGCGUAGUGGACUCCUACCCCGAGCCAGAGAUUACCUGGACACGUAACAACAUUCCCAUCAGGCUGUUUGAUACACGAUACAGCAUACAAGAAAAUGGGCAGCUUCUGACUAUUCGCAGCGUAGAGGACAGCGAUGAUGGAGUAUACUGCUGCUCAGCUGACAAUGGAGUUGGAGUGCCUGCAAGAAGCUGUGGGGCUUUACAGGUGAAAAUGAAACCUAAAAUAACUCGUCUUCCUGUAAAUGUAAAAAUAAUAGAAGGAUUAAAGGCUGUUCUUCCUUGCACUACAAUGGGGAAUCCCAAACCUUCUGUCUCUUGGAUCAAGGGAGAAACUGUUCUAAAGGAAAACGCUCGGAUUGCUGUUCUGGAAUCAGGGAGUCUAAGGAUCCAUAAUGUUCAAAGAGAAGAUGCAGGACAUUAUCGCUGUGUAGCAAAGAACAGCCUGGGUACAGCCUACUCGAAACCGGUCACAAUGGAUGUGGAAGUUUUUGCCAGAAUCCUGAAGGCUCCUGAAUCCCACAAUGUCACCUUUGGGUCUGUGGUGACUCUGCGGUGCACGGCAACUGGCAUUCCCGUUCCCACUAUCACGUGGCUUGAAAAUGGAAAAGCUGUUUCUGCAGGAUCUAUAGUCGAAAGUGUGAAAGACAGAGUGAUCGACUCCCGACUGCAAGCGUACGUCACCAGGCCAGGCUUGUUCACGUGCAUUGCCACCAACAAACACAGCAAAACCUUUGGCACUGCAAAAGCUGCAGCGACUAUCACUGUGUCAGAAUGGAGCAAACUGUACAAGGGUGAUACAGGCUACUGCAGCACGUACAGAGGUGAGGUGUGUAGUGCUAUCUUGGUGAAGGAUGCUCUUGUUUUCUUCAACUCCUCCUAUGCUGACCCAGAGGAGACCCAAGAGCUGCUUGUUCACACUGCCUGGACUGAACUGAAAACGGUGAGUUCAUUCUGCCACCCGGCUGCUGAGUCUCUGCUGUGUAACUACAUCUUCCAGGAGUGCAAUCCCUCAGGAGUUGGACCGGCUCCAAAGCCCGUGUGCAGAGAGCAUUGCCUUGCGGUAAAGGAUCUCUACUGCUUUAAGGAAUGGCUCUCAAUGGAGGAGAACUCCCAGAAAGGGAUUUACAAACCAGGAUUAAUGCUGCUCGCUCUACCUGAAUGCAACAGACUUCCCAGCCUGCACCAGGACCCCAAGGCCUGCAUCAGGAUUCCAUAUUUCGAUUUUGAGACAGAAAAUACAACCACAACUUGCUACAAAGGCAAUGGCAGGUUCUACCAGGGUUCUGUCAAUGUCACCACCUCAGGCAUUCCUUGCCAGAAGUGGAGUGAACAGGUACCCCAUUUGCACAGAAGGACCCCUCAGGUUUUCCCAGAGCUGUCAAACGCAGAGAACUCUUGCCGUAAUCCAGGAGGGGAAAACGAACGUCCCUGGUGUUACACAAAGGACCAUUCUGUAAAUUGGGAAUACUGCAGUGUGCCUCUUUGUGGAGAGGUGUCCAUACCAGGAACAAAAAAUCCAAGUGUAGAGACUCCCAAUCUCCCUUCUUCUUUCUCCCCUACCUACUCCAUGACUGUCAUCAUUUCCAUCAUCUCCAGCUUUGCAUUGAUAGUGAUUCUCAUUAUCAUUGCUCUUGUUUGCUGCCGAAGGCGAAAACAAUGGAAAAACAAAAAGAGGGAGUCACAAGCACCAGCGCUAACCACUCUUCCAUCAGAGCUCCUACUGGACAGACUUCAUCCUAACCCCAUGUAUCAGCGCAUACCCCUUCUCCUGAAUCCUAAAUUACUCACCCUGGAAUAUCCAAGAAACAAUAUUGAAUACGUGAGAGAUAUUGGAGAAGGAGCGUUUGGAAGGGUCUUUCAAGCAAGGGCUCCUGGAUUGCUUCCUUCUGAGCCAUUCACAAUGGUGGCAGUGAAAAUGCUAAAGGAAGAAGCUUCAGCAGACAUGCAGGCUGAUUUCCAGAGGGAGGCGGCUCUCAUGGCAGAAUUUGAUCACCCAAAUAUCGUCAAACUGUUAGGGGUGUGUGCUGUUGGGAAACCCAUGUGUCUGCUGUUUGAAUACAUGGCUUACGGGGAUCUCAAUGAGUACCUGCGCACUCGCUCACCGCACAACCUCUGCAGCCUGAGCCACAGUAACCUUGACGCCAGAAUCAGGCUCUCCAAUCCCAACCCCCUCGCUUUGUGCUGCACCAAUCAGCUCGGCAUUGCCAAGCAGGUGGCUGCGGGCAUGGCGUACCUCUCAGAGCGCAAGUUUGUGCAUCGGGAUUUGGCCACCAGGAAUUGUUUGGUGGGCGAGAACAGGGUGGUAAAAAUCGCCGACUUUGGCCUCUCCAGGAAUAUCUAUUCAGCAGACUAUUACAAAGCCAAUGAAAACGAUGCCAUUCCCAUACGCUGGAUGCCCCCCGAAUCCAUAUUCUACAACCGCUACACCACCGAGUCCGACGUGUGGGCCUACGGCGUGGUCCUGUGGGAGAUUUUCUCCUAUGGCAUGCAACCCUAUUAUGGGAUGGCUCACGAGGAGGUGAUUUACUACGUGAGAGAUGGUAACGUCCUCUCUUGCCCCGACGACUGCCCUUUGGAGCUCUACAACCUGAUGCGCCUUUGCUGGAGCAAGCUGCCUUCUGACAGGCCCAGUUUCGCCAGCAUCCAUCGCAUCCUGGAGCGUAUAUACGAGAGGGCAGUGGCUGCUAUCCAUGUCUGAGGUGCGUACUGCAGCAUGACGUUUCAUCCUCAUCCCAUGCCGCUGGCCCACUCCUCAGUCACAACUUCCCAGCUGAACCCAAGGGGAGUUUUCUGAGUGAGGGCUGCAGGGUCGAGACCAGUAUGUUUAAUCUGCUAAGCCGAAAAGGUAAAGGGGAGAGACUGUACAUGCCAGAUGGGACUUUGGGAGUGGUGGCCACAUUAGAGGAGGCCAGUUUUGCUGAGAACAGAAGCAUCUUGUUCAUCAAUCAAGGGGCAAGUUCUCAUUUUGUCUUUAUAAACAGGAUUUAGCUUCUGAACUAGUGAACUAAUUUGCAGUAGAGUCAAGGCCUAGACUCCCUUGAAAACCAGUGAGUCCAGUCCUUAAUACUGCAAAUUAGUUCAAUAGUUACCAUUUAUGAUUUCUAAGGAACAAACAAAAUACUCCCCUCAAAGCAAAACUUUCUGUUAACUUUAAUUUCCCUGCCUUCCCCUUCUCUCGUGUUUAGCUUUUCCCUCUUUUCCUCUUCCCUUUUUGCUUUCAAAUCUCAUUUUUUUAAAUCUCCCUUUUUUUUGGUUUCCUUUAAAUUUUUUUGUACAUAUUCACCCCCUUUUAAAAAAAAUCAUUUAUCCCAUUUGUUUUUUCUCUUUAAUUUCCUUCUCUCUCUCACACUCUAAGAUUUGCCGCACAAGAUCAGACCAUUAGCCUGUCACAUCCUGCACCGAGCAAUGGCCAAUGCAUGAUGCUACACAGGAAGGUAAACUCCCAUAAUGGGCACUGACCGCUGCCACUGAAGUCAAUGAGAGUUUGCCUGAGUAAAGCUGAACAUAAAAAGUGAGGGCCAGAUUGGGCCUGCUGCUCCAUGGAUGUGUGAGGCAGGGUGAGGAAGGGUAUAAAUCUCUGCGCCUGCACAGCAGAACACCACUGCAGUUCCUGGAGCACAGGGACUGCUCUCCCCUUCCCCCCGUACCUCUUAGAUAUGAAACCGCUCAAGACAAGGUAGGGUCCCUCCCCUACCACUAUGCACUGGCUGUGGGAGCAGGCCAGACACAGAGAGUAGGCUGCCUCCCCUGAAGGGAUCCAGCAGUGGGAGCACUCCUCCUGCGUGUGGGUUGCUUUGGGAAGAGUGCUGCAUCUCCAAGGUGGAAUUCCUCUGUGUGUUCCAGGUAGGGCAAAAUGGGUCUACGUAGCCUCCAACAAAGGGCUCAUAAAGGACUCAUAGGCUCAAGUGAGCCCUCAGUAAGGACUUUAGUAUUUGGCCCUUCAAAAUUUUGCCUCACAUAAAAUUUAUCCAAUGAUGAACACUUGAACUGAGGAACAAAAUGAACCCUUUAGCAGACUGAGCUAUCUCAGCAAAGGAAAGCGUUUAAAAAUGAACUUCCAAGUUGUUUCAUUGUAUUGUCUGCCAAGGGCAAUUUGAACGAUAGCUCAAACAGAACAAUAGUUAGACUCGGGAGUGGAGGAUGGAAAUUUUCUAUUCACUCUUUGUCCCAGUGGGCCCUGUUAAGCCCUUAUGAAAUACUCUUCAGUUUUGUUAUGUGCACAAGUAAUGCUGAAAUAUUAUUCUGAUGAUGUUACAAUCUUUGUCAAUGCAUACUGGAUGGUUGUAGAAUUAGUGUUAACCUUGGAGUUAUAAACUCAUCCUGAGUCACACUUUUAUACACUUCAAUAGGAGCUCAUGAGUUCUACAUGCAGAAAAAGUGCAGGAUUAGGUUCUAAACCUGUUCCCAGUAAGAUAUUUCCUAAUUUUACACUCAGAUUAAAAACUGUACUUAUACACUAGAGGUGCUCACCUUACGUUUUUAAAUGCCUUGGAUCAAAAAUGAUGGUGUUCGAAUCUAAUCUCCAAGAAUGGGGGGAGGGGGUGGGAGGAUUUUCACAAGCACUAAGUUUUUUGCCUGAUUCUGCUCCUGUUGACGUCAAUGGUGCAAUUCUCAUUGAUCACAAUGACAGAAGUUAGGCAAAUGCUGAGCGCUUGUGGAAAAAACGUAACACCCCAGAUUCAUAGGCCUUGUGCAUAGAGGUGAAUUUCACCCUUAGUGGAAGCAGCUAUAGAGCAAGAGUGUCAUCCUGUGGAGAGGGAUACAUUCAAUUUUAAAUUAUGGUUCAAGGGCUGGGGUGUAAGUUUAGGCCUAAAUACUCUCCUCAAUCUGCAGCACAACUUCCACCGACUUCUUAGAUUGCACCAAGAUCAAGGGUAAUAUGUGGCAAUGUAGUAACUAAACCCUUACUUAUCAUUCAUUACUGGUUCAGAGUCUUCUUGUCACAUCCAGCAUCACUCUGUAAGAAAAUACCCUCUCCUUUAGCAAUGCCACUGUUUCCUCUUAUUUUCUCAUCCCCGACUGUUUUCUCUCCCUCUUCCCAGUCUAUAUGUCGUCUCUAUUUUUCCUUCUCUGCUGCAGAUCCCAGUUCCCAUAUGUAGGCUUCAUUCCCAACCCUUUUGACAUUCCUUGUGCUAAAAUUAUCAGCAAGGAAAUAGUUAGUGCUGAUAUACAGAGUGUCACUAGGAGACAAUAGAUGAAUUGGGGUGCCAGGGAGUUCACACCUUUGGCAGCUAUUGUUUCAGGCUGUCUGCACACUCAGGAAGACAACACUGCAUCAGUUAUUUGCAGUUCAGAUCCGGCCUGCAGACAUCUCUGACCUAGGCUAUGGCUACACUAGAGAGUUUACAGCAGUUUCAGCUCUGCUUCAUGACGUAGUCACAUGUUUUCUUACAUAACUAAGAUUCAAAACAUUUUGGUUACAGCCACAAGAGCAUGGCUUAGUGUUUAUAAACCACGGCUGCUUAUUUCACCCAACCUAGGAGUUCGCCAUUACCAGAAACAGUGCAAAGAAAUAAGCUGCUUCCUCUGGCCAUAGUAGGGAGCUGCAGUCCCUGCUAUGGGAUGUUGUGAUAAGAGUGCGAGGGCACAUGUAAAUUGUACAGUUACCAACACUGCAGUGUGUAUGCCCAGAAGUCUCACAGCCACCCUGUUGACCGAGAACUGCUUACAUAGGUCAGGACACUGAUAUAAUAUCAAGAACCGCUGCUCCAGUAGAAGAACGAUCUCUGCUACUUACAUGGUCUUCAUUACUGUAGUAUUUGAGGCUAGAGAAGUGCUAUAAUCCUAUUUUAUAGUAGAGUAACUGAGGCGCAGACUCCACAAAGAGAUUAAGUGACUUGCUCCAAGUUACACAGGAUGUCUGCUGCAGAGCAGGGACUAGUGCCGAGGUCUGCCGAGACCCAGGCUGGUACCCCGCCCGCUGGACCAUCCUUCCUGCUUUAAAAAGGAAGGACAGUCUUGUGGUGAAGGCACUGGACAGGGACUCAGGUAAUCUAAUUUCAGUCCCUGGCUCUGUCAUACACUUCCUGCGUGACAGUCAGUAUCCUCUCUUCUAAGUAAAUACCUCUGUGAAACAAGCACCUCUAUCUCUCCCAGGUACCACUCCUCCCUAAAGGUCUCAAGAGCGGAUUUAGAUUUACAGAGCGGCUGUACUCUAAACAAAUAAAUACAUUUAAAAUUUGAGAGAUUGAACCUGCAUUUUCUCUUUCUAUGAUUCCAGUGCUGGCUUCAGCUGAUCACCCCUCCUCCUUUCCCCUCACCUGGCAUAGGAAGUCCUGAAACCCGACUGCUGUUUCCAUGUGGCUUUCAUGAUAUUUCCAGCCCGCCCAGUUAAAAGCUCAUAAUCUCACAUGCUAUAAUCUUUCCUCACUCCGCAACUGAAAAAGCGGAUUCUCGUUGGAAUACUACCCCUUCUUGUUGCACUUUCCCGACCAAGUCCUUCGCUCAGUGACACCGUUUCAGCCCCAUUAAGGUCAAUAGGGAUGUACUGGUGCAAACAAGAGGAGAAUUUGGUUGUCCUUGUCCAGCAUUCCAGCCUUUGCAAUAUAAGAGUGAACCUGAAAUCUAUGGUAGUUAGCAAUUGUUCUUUUAAAUGCAACAAAGAAUGUUUCCACCCUUUUGUUAGGAAAAGAUUUUUUUUUCCCCCUCCCAUGCAAAAACUUCCCAUGAUAUGGGUAGAACUCACCCUUGUGUUGAGGCCCACUAGCACCUAGGUUAUUUAAAUGAUUCCCUAUUUUGGGGAUGUAAGUGGUGCACAGACCUAGUGCUGGUGCCGUGCAUGUGAGUGAAUUUUAUCCUGAGGAUUCCCGCCUGUUGUAUAUUUUUCAGCUUGCUGUACAGAAAUUGCAUUAUUUCAGUUUUUUUCCUUUGUUUGAGAUUUCAGCUUUGUUACCGUAAGUUUGCUACUAAGAGGAAUAUACAGUUUUCUGUUAACAAUUUACUUAUUAAACUCAAAUUGUUUUUAAUGUGGGUUGAAGGGGGAGUGGUCUCUUGUUUAAAACAAAUUGAAAGCAAUUUUUUUUGUUUUGCUGUUUCUUGUUUGGAUUUAAGUGUUCACGAAGAGGAUAGUACAAUUUCAAGUAGAUUUGAUUUCACAUCAUGUUUGACAAAAGCAUUCAUAGCAUAUAUGAAGCUUUACCACGGAGGACAUAUAGUGUGAAGUGACAAACCAGAAAAUCUAAGGGAUACAGAAAUCCACCUAUUCAUAUUUUUAUAGAUUUAAAAACAAAUUUAAAUACAUUUUGCAUGCUUGGUUUCAUCCUUUUUAAUGGUCUUUUGUCAGCAACAUGAUGCAAUCUUGGCCAAGAAGAAGUGCUCAGACAUAUCAUGGACUAAACCUGAUAGAAAGAAUCUGAUUUAGAUUAACCAAACAGGCUAUAGACACAUAUUCUGGUUUUAUAAUCUCCUGUAAUUAUCUGAUAUGCAUUUCAUGAAUGAUGCUUCUGAAUGACAUCCCAAGCAGCAAUGUAUAUUUCACAGCAAAUUUUGCACACUGGUACAGCCUGUGUAAUUCUGGUGUGUAGUAUUUUAUAAAAUAAAGGUAUAUCAUGGGGAAAAAAAUGGGGUACUCUUUUUAUCCACCCGGCCUCCUAAAUUCAUGGCUUCGGAGUUUUGAUACUGGGUAAGUUAUUGAAAUAGGAUCUAUUUCAUGUCAGAACAGAGGGUUUAUUACAGCUUUAUUUUCAUUAUGUUUAUAUUAUAACUAUAGUUCAAUGUUAAUGGAGGGCACUAAUUAUGGAUCUAACGACCUAUAUCCAGAGCACAUAGGUACUACCUGAAAUAAAGGUUGCACUUUAUAUUGAGGGUACAUUUUUGUUUCUAAUACCUUAUUUUGUAAUCCUUUCCAAAAUGUAGGACUAAGUAAACAAACAUUGUAUCAGCCUCUAACAGCCAGAAUAAAUCAACAAAAAAUG